GGCUGCCCAGCGACCGUCUGCGCGUGCACCUUCACGCCAUCCGCAGCCAGGUCUGCGCUGCCGGACUGCUUCAAGCGUUUCAAGUCCCGCAUACCGCUGCCCGCGUCAUGCCGGGUCUUGCGGUUGCACCAAACACUGCCCCUUUAUGCAUUCUCCACUUCUACACGCUCAUUCACGCCCACACAAACGUGGGUGCUGCCCAAUAUAGUACAUGUGCUGCAUGUCGUUGUGCUGGAUGGGCGUGCAAUUGCGAACGAUCUGGCGGCAAUCUUCUGGCGGAUCGAUCCAUCGUACAGGCCAAGAUCGGCCUGCUGCAGCACUAUUGCCCUCCAGCUCCACGCUUGAACGUUGCAACUGCAACAUCAGCGAGGGGCUGACGAUGCCCAGCCAUCAAGCCACCUUCUGGAAAGUUUCGCUGGGGACCUCCGCACGGAAAAACGACAAUAUUUGGUUCUGCUAGACCUUCCGAACCCAGGGUCCUGGUGCUGAUGUCGGUGGCUUGUGAUGCGAUGUGCGCAAUGUGGCUGACAGCUGUCACGCUCCUACUGGGGCAGCAUUCCGACGCAUGGAUCUGUUCUAGACGCGAUUUAAUAACUAUUCCUGGUGUCUUGCUUAUUGUGGGGUCACGAGGUGGUUUGUCCAAUGCGA